GCUCAGUCUAAGGCCCGAGACCCCAACCCACCCCGGGGCUCCAGGAGGGAUCCGGGUGAGGAGCAGAGCGCGAGGGGACAAUCUCGCAUCCCUGCCCACCGCGGGGGUCGCAGCCGCUCAGAACCUAAUAGGCCACUGGGCCCCGGCCUGUCCUGGGCACCGCCACAACGGGCCUAAUAUGGCCGCUGGUGCUAGGACUGGCCGGGCGCUCCAAGGGCCGGACAGAGAUCCGGACCAGGGACUUCUCCCGGCAUUCCUCGCGGGUGUGGCGUGGGCUCCCCUCCCCCACCUCCUCGUCCCGCAAGAGGGAGACCUUUGGGCUUUGAGGUAGCAUGGCCCAGGGCUUGAUUGAAGUGGAGCGAAAGUUCGUCCCAGGGCCUGGCACAGAGAAAUGCCUGCAGGAGUUGGGGGGCACCCUGGAGCACAGAGUCACCUUCAGGGACACCUACUAUGACACCCUUGAGCUGAGCCUCAUGCGGUCUGACCACUGGCUACGACAACGAGAGGGUAGAGGAUGGGAGUUCAAAUGUCCUGGAGCAGCAGGCACCUCAGGACCUCACACUGAAUACCUGGAGCUCACGUCUGAACCUGCAAUUGUGGCCCGGCUCUCUGAGCUGCUGGGGGCAGAAGGGCUGGGGACUGGAGAAGUGGCUGCUGUGCUGGGUCCAUUGGGGCUGCAGGAAGUAGCUAGUUUUGUGACUAAGCGGAGCGCUUGGAAGCUGGUGUUCUCUGGAACUGAAGAGGAGCCACUGCUCAGAGUGGACCUGGAUACAGCAGACUUUGGCUAUGCUGUGGGUGAGGUAGAGGCCCUAGUGCAUGAGGAGGCUGAAGUACCAGCUGCCCUAGAGAAGAUCCUCAGGCUCAGCAGCAUGCUUGGUGUGCCAGCACAGGAGAAGGCACCCGCCAAGCUCAUCGUUUACCUACAGCGCUUCCGGCCUCAGGACUAUCAGCGCCUGCUAGAAUCCAACAGCUCCAGAGAGAGGCCACAGGGGACUAAACACUCUGACAGCAGCCUAAGCUACAGUGUCAUUUCCUAGAAGGGGAAGGGAACUCAGGAUCCAAUGCUGUCCACUCCUGGGAUCACUGUGCCUGUUCCCUUCCAACAUGCCUCCUCUCUCUCCAGCUCUGUUUUUUUUUUUUUCCCUACUC